AUAAUUCUGUGCGGUGGGUCGCUGCUGCGCAGGCGCAGAAGUAUCCCAGCGUUGAGCUGAGGUGGACUUUCUUCGUUCAAACUCACUGAACGUCUCAUCUGCCUGACCCCAGAAACUACACACGUUUGUAAACUUCACAAUGAUCCGGAUAGCUGCAUUUCUGACGCUACUGGCGGCUUCCUGCUUGGGAGAGAGCUGCACAGAUCCAGUCAUCACCCCGUCGGCCUACACCACGUCUGACGCCGUGAUCUCCUCUGAAUCGGUGUUCAUCGUUGAGCUCAGCCUGACUUGUGCCAACGGCGCUCAGACUGUGACCCUGUAUGCUGAUGUCAAUGGAAGGCAGUUUCCUGUGACCAGAGGCCAGGAUGUUGGCAAAUACCAGGUUUCUUGGAGUCUUCCUCACAAACAGGCCAGCUCUGGAACAUAUCAAGUCAAGUUCUUUGAUGAAGAGUCCUACAGUGCCCUGCGCAAGGCCCAAAGAAACAAUGAAGAUGUAAACGCCAUCCAGCCUCUCUUCUCUGUCAACAUUGACCACAGGGGUGCGUGGAGCGGCCCCUGGGUGUCAACUGAAGUGGUUGCUGCCCUCAUUGGCAUCCUGAUCUACUACUUGGCGUUCAGCGCGAAGAGCACAAUCCAAGCGUAAAGUGAUCCACUUUUUUAGGACUGGAUCAAUAAAGACUGAAUUCUGCUGGAGUUCAACAUUUUACAGCAUUCAAGGAAAACCAGCUGGGUUUUUUUGCCUUUUGAUCUACUUUUUGGGGGAAAAAGAAGCAAAAAAGUUGCAGUCUUAACAUUUUUUUAAGUGUUGUACCCAGACUGUGUCUGUGUGCAAUCAGUCUUUUCAGUUUUCAGACAAAUUGUGUCACAAAUGGCCCCGUCAGUGUCUGUAGAUUUUUUUUUUUUUUUUUUUUUUUUACAUUUUUGAUCAUUAAACACAAGCAGGAGAAAUGCAGAAGACAAACAAGAGGUCAGAGGAUGGCGGGCCUGCCUAAACCCUGUUUAUACACCCAGACCAUGUUGACUCUUGAUGUACGUCAGGGACCUGAGGCUGGCCGGAACAGGCUUCCUGUUUCACGACUCUUCCAGAAAAAAGAAUAAACGACUUGUUGGUA